AUGCACUGGAACCAUGUCGUAGCUCUCAUUUCUCUCCUUCUCAUGGGUCCAUUGACUGUCGAUGCGGCAGAGAAGACUUGUCGAGGAAAAGAGGUGAAAGAGCUAGAAGAUGGAUGUACUAUAAUCAACGAAGCUCCGUUGAUUUUCAGAGAUUUAAAAGAUGAUGAGGAUUUCAAAAUACCAGCAAUCAUUGCGAUGAGUGUUUUUGCUCUCUUGCGUUUUGUAUGCUUGGGCCUCACCAUUCAUGACUUCUAUCAUCGGAAGUCAGUAGGGAAGAAUGAAAAGAAGACAACCGAGAAGAAAGAUGAGAAAAAUAAAACAAAAAAGAGUUCGGAAGCGGGGACAAAGUCACUGGAAAAGAGUAAGAGCCCGGCUACAGAAACCCCCACCAAGUCCAAAUCCAAAUCUGCGGAACCCACAGGAAGCAAAUGA